AUGGAAGAAGAAUUGAUCGGCCUGAGUCGCUCCCUUGAAGCCUUUUCGGCCAAGAUACGGGGCUCAUUGAACGCCGAAUUGUUGCAGGCACUGAAUGCUUAUGGACCGAAGCAACUUCCCGACAAGAAACUCAGCGUCCUUGCCGCAGAGAACGUCGAUUUAUUGCAUUCUAUAGAGCAGAUGCUAACUCCUGCACCAUUACUGCUCGCGGAUCACUUUCUAGGCUAUGUCAAUACCAAAUGCCUCUGUGCUGCGGUUCAGCUCGAAGUUCCGGAUAUUCUCAAGAGUGGUGCGAAAAGUGUGUCCCAAAUAGCGCAGCAGUGCAAUGCACGGGAAGAUCGCCUCAAACAGAUAAUGCGCGCAUUACACCACAAUGGAGUCUUUUCUUGGAAUUCGUCGGCGGACGUAUACAGCAACAACGCAACCUCGGAGCUUCUCACAAAAGACCACUGGACGCAAUGGCGCAAUUGGGUGGACCUCUACGGCAAUGAGUUCUACGAUAUCGCCAGGGGUAUACCGGCAUCGGUGUCCUCUGAUUGCACGCACAGCGCUGCACAAAUUAACUUCAACACUGAUCAAGACAUGUUCACGUAUUUUACAGCCCAAGGAUGGUUGCCUCGAUUACAUAAAACCCUCGGUGGAGGAGCCACAGCUCAAAGCCCUGGUAUCCUCGAAGACUAUCCGUGGCACGAGUUUAGUAGCGGUCCUUUUCUGGACAUCGGCGGAGGCACAGGAGCUUUGCUAGCACUCCUGCUUCGCAACCAUGCAUCCUUGACAGGAGCUUUAUUUGACACCGAGAGAGUCAUACAGCACGCCCGAGGUCUUUUCUACGGGGACGCGGCCACAUACGCCGAUGUAGCGCAACAGCUUAUUCCGAACGGGCUCAUAGCGGGCGACUUCUUCGAUAGUCUUCCAGCGUUCGAGUUUUACACCAUGAAGUGGUGCCUGCACGAUUGGAAAGACCCCGAUGUCAAGUGCAUCCUGUCAAAUAUUCGAAGCGCUAUCAAGAUAACACCAAACAGUCGUCUGGUCGUACUGGAAUCAAUUCUAGUAGGAGGGAGAUCUGGACGUCUUUCGAGAUAUGCAGACAUCAAUAUGAUGAUGACAUCCAAUGGUCAAGAGAGAACCGAAGCAGAAUGGAGGUCGUUGGCACAUGAGAGCGGCUGGGAAGUCCGCCGAAUCUUUCCUUUGCGGGGAGCAUGGGUCUGCGCUCUAGAGUUACGGCCUGCCAUUGAGUCGUGA